AUGGCUGGGUUCUAUGGACUCUACACUUGGCUGACUCACACUAUAUUUGGGAUUAACAUAGUCUUCAUACCAUCUGCAUUAGCAGCAAUCCUUGGAGCAGUGCCGUUUCUGGGGACAUACUGGGCAGCCAUCCCUGCCGUCCUAGAUUUGUGGCUUGUGCAAGGACAGGGCUGCAAAGCCAUUUUGCUCUUGGUUUUUCACCUCUUGCCAACCUAUUUUGUAGAUACAGCAAUUUAUUCAGAUAUAUCAGGAGGUGGUCAUCCAUACCUGACAGGUCUUGCAGUAGCUGGUGGAGCAUAUUACCUGGGACUGGAAGGAGCCAUUAUAGGACCCAUUCUACUUUGUAUACUUGUGGUUGCUUCCAAUAUAUACAGUGCCAUGUUGGUGAGUCCAACAAAUUCAGUGCCCACUCCGUCACAAGCAGCAUGGCCAUUACAGAUUUACCGGUCAUCUAGAGAGAGUCCUGAGGAGAUGAAAAUGGCUGCAGAGUGAUGAAGGUGCUGUGCUGCACCUAUUCAACAUGAGAGAAUCGCUGUCUUCUGUCUUGAGUUCACAACAGCCAUGGCCUUCUGUCGCUUUCCAGCUGUGCGUAGGGACAGCUCACAGGGAAGCAUAGCUUGGGUUUUAGGAGAAACUACUUCUCAAGCGUCUGAUGGCCUUACAUUAUUGUGCACUUUGCCUCUUCAAGAGAGAAUGUCUACUUCCCAUGACUUUGCGUACUAACACACAAUUCAACUGCCUUGAAGACCUUGAAGAGCUUCUGUCUUCAUAAAAAAAACGGUUAAGAGAUCAGGUAUAUCCACUGGAGUCAUUAUCUUAUCUGCUGAAAUGACGAACUCGGCUUUAUUUUAUUGGGUUAUUUGUGUUAUUAAAUUGUAGUACCUUUAAAGAAAGCUAAUUCCAAAAUAUU